AUGAACAAAAGAAAAUUAUUGAUAUUGUUAUUAAUGAAGAGAAAUCUUUAUUUUUUACUGGAUCAGGUGGAUGUGAAAAAACGUUUAUGUUAAAUAUUCUUAUUGAUAAAUUAUACAAGAAAUAUAAAAAAUAUGCAAUUGAAAGUAAUGUUUGGAAUGAAUUUGUGAUAGAAAAGGUUUUUUUAACAAAAGUAUUUAGACAGACUGAUGAGUAUUUUGUUAAAGGUCUUGAUCAGAUAAGAUAUAGAAAGAUAGAUUCUGAAUUUCUUAAAUUUAUAAAGGGAUUAGAUAGAAAUGUUAAUUACGAAGAUGGUAAUGAACCAACAAGACUUUUUUCAACCAAUUUAGAGGUCUUUAGAUGUAAUAUGAUUAAAAUGAUACUAGAUAUAUAUAGUAAAAUAUUAACAGAUAAGGUAUUUAAAGAAGGAUCAAUAUCUGGAAAAAUAUUAGAUGAAAAGAUAAAAAAGAUAAUAAAAGAAGGAGUACUUGGAUUAUUAGAAUAUAAAUCUAAAGAUUGGACUGUUGCUAUUAAUGAAAAAAAGAAUAGAGAAUAUAAAGGAAAAAAAAAAUUUAAACAUAAAGAUUUAAUUGAAUGGUUUGAAAAAAGCACGUUAGUUGAAGAAACUUUAUAUUUAAAAAUAGGAGCAGAAGUUUUGUAUAUUUGGAAUAAUCCUGAUAAAGAAUUAGCAAAUGAAUCUAGAGGAAAGAUUGUUGGAUUUAGAGAUUUGAGAAAUAAUAAAAUAUACAGAGAAGAGAUACCCAUUAGAGUUUGGUCAGAAAUAUUAAGGCCAAUAGUUAAAUUUAAUAGUAUUGAAGAAGAGAUAGAAAUUGGGAAGGAGACAUUUCAGAAAAAAAAUCUUGAAGGUUUGACUAUUCCAAGAUUGGAGAUUGAUUGUGGAAAAAUAUUCCAAAGUAAACAACUUUACGUAGCAUUAUCAAGAUCAGUAAGUAUAGAAAAUUUAUGUGUGAAAAAUUUUAAGGUUGAAAAAUUAAAUUCAAAUAAGAAAGAUUUGAGAAGUAGUAAAAAAAUGAAAUUUAAUAUUGGUAAAGGUAAUAAAUUAGUAGAGCAUAGUAUAUUAAUGAAAGUAGGAAAGUUUGAAUAUAGAGAUAUGGUAUAUCAUAAUGUAGAAAAAAUUGAUAUUUAUAAAUACGA